GUGUAAAACAAAAAUAGACCGAAGAGGGUGUGUGUUGAGCUGGUGGUGUUUGAGCAGAGCGAACAUGGCUUCGCAAGCUCCUCAACCUCAGCCUCAGCCUCAGGCUCAGGCUCAGGCUCAGGCUCAGGGAUAUCAUCAACAUCAUCAUCACCAACCUUCCUCCAUCGAAGAAGUUCGAACCCUCUGGAUAGGCGAUUUGCAGUACUGGGUCGACGAAAACUACCUCACUCACUGCUUCGCUCACACCGGCGAGGUAGUUUCGAUCAAAAUCAUUCGCAACAAGUUAACAGGGCAACCAGAGGGUUAUGGUUUCAUCGAGUUCGUUUCUCACGCUGCAGCUGAAAGGGUUCUUCAGAGCUUCAACGGGACUCAGAUGCCCGGAACGGAGCAAACUUUCCGGCUGAAUUGGGCUUCAUUCGGAAUCGGAGAGCGUCGUCCUGAUUUGGGUCCUGAGCAUUCCAUUUUUGUGGGUGAUCUUGCUCCUGAUGUUACUGAUUAUCUGCUUCAGGAGACUUUUCGGGUGAAUUACGCUUCGGUUCGGGGUGCUAAGGUUGUGAAUGACGCUAACACUGGCCGCUCUAAAGGCUAUGGGUUUGUCAAGUUUUCUGAUGAGAAUGAGAGGAACCGUGCUAUGGCAGAGAUGAAUGGUGUUUAUUGCUCUACUAGGCCUAUGCGGAUUAGUGCUGCCACUCCUAAGAAGACUGCUGCUACUCAACAACACCCUUAUGCUGCUGCUGCACCUGCUCCGAAAACAAUAUAUCCAAUCCCUGCGUACACUGCCCCUGUGAACACAGUUCCACCAGAUUAUGAUAUAAAUAAUACUACUAUUUUUGUUGGUAAUUUGGAUCUUAAUAUCUCAGAGGAGGAGCUGAAGCAAAACUUUCUGCAAUUCGGAGAGAUAGUCUCUGUCAAAAUUCAAGCUGGAAAAGGAUAUGGUUUUGUUCAAUUUGGGGCUAGAGCAUCUGCUGAAGAAGCCAUUCAGAAGAUGCAGGGAAGGAUAAUAGGACAACAAGUGAUCCGAAUUUCAUGGGGCAGGACCCCAACAGCUAGACAGGACAUGCCUGGUAGCUGGGCACCACAGAUGGAUCCAAGUCAAUGGAAUGCCUACUAUGGUUAUGGACAGGGUUAUGAAGCUUCCUAUGCUUAUGGGGCUACUCAUGAUCCUUCAUUGUAUGCAUAUGCUGGCUAUGCACAAUACCCCCAACAAGUUGAAGGUGCUCAAGACGUAUCGGCUACCAUGGAACAAAGGGACAAGUUGUAUGAUCCCCUGGCAAUGCCUGAUGUUGACAAGUUAAAUGCUGCAUAUCUUUCAGUACACGGAAGUGCCAUUUUAGGGAAGUCCCUCUGGCACAGUACCUAUUCCUCAUCCUUACAGCAGCAAGCUUAGGAUCUUUUUGUACUGCCUGACCAUUACAUUUCAAAAUUUUCUGCAAUUGCAACCAUAAGUUGAGUAGGGGAAGGCUUAAGUUCCUGUUAAUACGUAUGUGAGUCGAUCCCAACGUUUUUUUAACCUUGGACAUGGUUGGCUGGUGUAAAGAUAUGGAAACUAGCAUAUAGUGGACAAUAGUCUUCCAUCUAAUCGAUCUUAUUGAUUAUCUUUUGAUUUUCUCCA